GUAGGACCAGAGAUGGAGGCAGAGGGCCUGCUUUUGGCUAAGUGGGCUUCUCCCCUCCCCUCUCUCCCCUCAAAAACCCAGGGUCUAGGUCUCCACCCCAACCCCACCCCGCUCUGGUCACUGGCCCAUCACCCCCUCCAAUGCCCUUGACCCAAGUUCCUGGAAGCAAAGGGAACAUGCCAUGCGUAGGGUCUGAAUGAGCAUCUCCGGGGCCACAAAUUAAAUUAAGUGUUCAGGGCCGCCUUCCUUGUUAUUGCUAAUGGCUCCAGCCUACCCAUCCCCAUUCCCCAGGUCCCUGUCCUGGGGAAUGAAUGUGGGGGCCCUGGGCAUCCUAUCUUGUUCCCAAACUUUGAUUGGUUCCUGGAGACCUCACUCCAAACUGGAGAUGGGUACCCCUCUUAUAGAGCCCAGGUUCCAGUGAGAGAGGCCUGAACUGUGCCCCCACCCUCUGGGGGGGCGCCCUCAUGCCCUGGCUGCAGGGAGCAGUCACGUGUGGGCCCUUCAUUAGAUCCUGCCAUAUAAACCGAGGGCAUGGGGUGGCCAGGAACUCUUGGGGCAAGGAUCCAGCAAGCAGAGGUAAGUCCUCAGGUUGGGCAGAGACUCCUACUCUCUAGGGGUCUUCUGUCUGGGAUAGGGCACUUAGAGGGUGUUCUAGGGAUGAAGAGGGACUAAGUGGUGGGUCUUCCUGCUGAGCCAGGCCAUGCUGACCACAGUGCUGCUGAGUUGUGCCCUGCUGCUGGCAAUCCCCGCCGGGCAGGGGGCCCAGAUGGGCUUGGCUCCCCUGGAGGGCAUCGGAAGGCCUGACCAAGCCUUGUUCCCAGAGCUCCAAGGCCUGGGCCUGCAGCCCCCACUGAAGAGGACAACGGCAGAACAGGUGGAAGAGGCUCUGCUGCAGGAGGCAGAGGCCAAGGCCUUGGCAGAGGUGCUAGAUCCGGAAGGACGCAAGCCGCGCUCCCCGCGUCGCUGCGUAAGGCUGCAUGAGUCCUGUCUGGGACACCAGGUACCAUGCUGCGACCCAUGUGCCACGUGCUACUGCCGUUUCUUCAACGCCUUCUGCUACUGCCGCAAGCUGGGUACUGCCGCGAACCCCUGCAGCCGCACCUAGUUGGCCGACGUCGGGGUCGGGGCUGGGGCAGGGGAGCGACAAUAAAGGAU